GUUCAGAAUCAAGUAUCAAUCAAUGAAAAAUGGGGAAAGGAAAGAAAGGGAAACAGCAGUCUGGCCCAUCUCAAGGAGAUCCAGCGAGUUCUGAUGGUCAACAACCUGCAAGAGCUCAGCAGCCAAGUCAGCCUGAACAGAGCUCUGUUGGCAGAGGCCAGUCUGGUCAACAGUACCAUUCAGGUUCUGUAGGCAGAGGCCAGCCUGGUCAACAGCACCCGUCAGGUUCUGUAGGCAGAGGCCAGCCUGGUCAACAGUACCAUUCAGGUUCUGUAGGCAGAGGCCAGUCUGGUCAACAGUACCAUUCAGGUUCUGUAGGCAGAGGUCAGCAUGAUGGUCAACAGAGUUCUCAUGGUAGAGGUCAGCCACCCCAAAGUGGUCCUUAUCAAGGUCAGCCACCUCAGGAAGUCCAGUUCUCUAGUCAGCAACAGCAAAAAGGCCCACAACAAGGUCAGCAACAGCAAAAAGGCCCGCAACAAGGUCAGCAACAGCAAAAAGGCCCGCAACAAGGUCAGCAGCAACAAAAAGGCCCACAUCAAGGUCAGCAACAGCAAAAAGGCUCGCAUCAAGGUCAGCAGCAGCAAAAAGGCCCGCAUCAAGGUCAGCAACAGCAAAAAGGCUCGCAACAAGGUCAGCCACCUCAGGGAGUCCAGUUCCCAAGUCAGCAACAGCAAAAAGGCCCGCAACAAGGUCAGCAACAGCAAAUAGGCCUGCAACAAGGUCAGCCACUUUUGGCUCAGCAGCCCCAACCUUCAGGAGAGGACAAGUCUCAAAAGCCUUCCUCUCACUCAGGUGAUUCUCAAGGAAAGAAGGACAAACCAACAGCCAAGCCUCAAAAAGAUAAAGAAAAUCAGCCUCCGAAGAAGAUUGACUCAGGACCUCUGCCAAUGUCCAAAAAAUCUCCCUCUCACCAACCAUUGUUUCCAAUUCCUCAUCGCAAAGGAGUAGGUACCUUAGGGAGGCGAACACAGGUAGAAGUAAAUCAAUUACCAUUAAAUCUAAGCAAGUUAUGCCCUGAGAUCUAUCACUAUGAUGUGGCUGUAGACCCAGACAAACCAAAAAGAUUUCUUAGACCUAUUGUUGCCGAAUUCAUUAAAAGACAUUGUAAUGGCUUUAAUCCUGCGUUUGAUGGGAAGAAAAAUCUGUACGCUGCUAGACAGCUGCCUUUUGGCACUUCAAAAAGUGAUCAAAUUACCAUGACAAACGAAGAGAGAGUAUCGAAUAAUGAGCUUGAAUUUCAAAUCACAGUGAAGUUAGCUCAAAAAAUCAACACAAGCACCAUAACAGCGUUCUUGAACUCAAGAACGACUGGGCAGCGGUUGGAUGUGCCGCAAACAGCAAUUCAAGCAAUUGAUGUAGCUCUGAGAGCUGCGCCGUUAGUUUCUGGUCCUGUCCCUGUUGGCAGAAGCUACUUUAUCCCUCCAGAUGGAAGAGAACGAAUUAUUGAGCUAGGAGGUGGACUUGAACUCUGGUAUGGCUUUUAUCAGUCCGCCAUUCUAAACUGGAAACCCUUCUUGAAUGUCGACGUUGCUCACAAAGGCUUCCCUAUUCCUACCAAUUUAGUCGAGAUUUUCUGUCAAGUUUGCAGAUUGAACAAUCCAAGGGACAAUUUCCGACCUGACGAUGUAUUAAAGUUCAGAGGAUUUGUCACAACUCUUAAGUGUGAUUAUGAAAUACCUAACACUCCAAAUUCAAGAAGAACGUAUCGAAUCAACAAUGUCGGAAAGAGUCCUGCAAACCUCAGAUUCCGUCCGGACAAUGGACCAGAAAUAUCAGUUGUUGAUUAUUUUAAAAGAGUGAAGAAUUAUCAAAUCAAGCACCCAGACUUGCCAACUGUGCAAGUAGAUCCACCUGCAAAAAAUAUUUUCCUACCAAUAGAGUUGUGUUACCUGAAACCUGGUCAGGCUUUAAAUCGAAAAUUAGAUGAGGAGCAAACUGCAGCCAUGGUCAAAGCUGCUGCAAAACCACCAGAAGACCGAAAAAGAAGGAUUCUCAAUGCAAUCCGCACUGCUCAAUACAAUAGAUCACCAGUUGUUAAAGAAUUUGGUAUUGAGGUUAACGAAAAUCUAGAUAAAGUUGACGCACGAAUUCUGGACCCUCCAGGUGUUCAGUACAGAAAUCAAUCCAAUCCGAGGCCACAGCCUGGACAAUGGCGUGCAGGAGAAUUCAUGUUAAGCCAUGAGCUUUCAAAAUGGUUCAUUAUGUGUCUAGACUUCCGCACCAGGCGAGAAAAGCUCAAUGAUUUUGCUAGAAUGCUUGCGUCACAGGGCAGGAAUUUGGGCAUGACCAUCCAAAAUGUCACUGAAAUAAAAGAAAUGGAUACCCGCAGCAGGCAAAUUAAAGCUGAUGUUACUAAUGUCCUUCACAAAUGGAAAGCCCAAGGUGCAGAAUUGGUAGUUGUUGUCAUACCUGGUCACGGCGAUUUUUACAGUAUGGUAAAACGAUGUGCUGAGCUUGAAGUAGGUGUUUUAACUCAAUGUAUCAAGGCCAAUACAAUGUUCAAAAUGAAUCCUGCUACCUGUGGGAAUAUCCUUUUGAAAGUAAAUUCUAAAACUAAUGGUAAGAAUCAUCAGCUAGGAGAUCGAUACAAACCUGGCGUUCUGAGUCGUCCUGUAAUGUUGAUUGGAAUCGACGUUACUCAUCCAUCUCCAGACCAAACUUCAAUACCGUCCGUUGCUGCUGUUGCUGCCUCUCAUGAUGCUACAGCAUUCCAGUACAACAUGAUAUGGCGACUGCAAAAUCCAAGAGAAGAAAUCGUUGUUGAUCUGAAAAACAUCAUCAUUGAGCAAUUGAAGUUCUUCUUCACAAAGACCCGUUAUAAACCUGAAAAAAUUAUUGUCUACCGAGAUGGAGUCAGUGAAGGCCAAUUUCAACAGGUUCUCGCUGCGGAAUUGAAUGCUAUCAGACAAGCAUGUACUACUCUGGAGAAGGACUACAAGCCAGGAAUAACAUUUUUGGUCGUACAAAAGCGUCAUCAUGUUCGAUUUUUCCCAAUGAAAAGCCAAGAUGAAGAUGGGAAAAAUAGGAAUGUUCCUCCUGGCACUAUUGUGGAUACCACUAUCACACACCCAAGGGAAUUAGAUUUUUAUCUUGUAUCCCAUUCCAGUUUACAGGGUACAUCACGGCCAACCAAAUAUCAUAGACUCUGGGACGACAAUAACAUCUCUGAGGAUGAAUUGGAAGUCUUGACCUACUAUCUGUGUUACCUCUUUUCACGUUGUACUCGAUCUGUGUCGUAUCCUGCGCCAACUUACUAUGCUCACUUGGCAGCUUUUAGAGCUCGAACUUAUCUAGAGAACAACCCGGCCCCCUUGAAUAACUUGGAAGGAUUUGCAUCCAAAAACAAGAUCGAGCCAGUUUUCAUGAAAAAUACCCCAAUGUUCUUUGUUUAGACAUAUACCUGCCUCUUUUGUAUCACUCUUCAAGACCUUAAUGAGUAUCAAAUCAAAGGCAUAUUUGAGUUAUAUUUUAGUUUAAGGGUUUUUGAAUCAUGAUUUGGAUCAAAUCACCAAAUCGUUUAUCACAUAUUGAAAAAUUAAAUUUUUUUAGCACAGGUUUUCAUUACCUCAAAAUCAACAGUUGUUUUCUGAUUAUUUUGAAGGCUAGUGAUCCUAAUAUUUUGGUUUCUAAUAAUGUUGUUUUUUCUUUUUUUCUUUUUGAUUUGAAGUGUUUGAAGACAUUUCAGCGAAGAUUUAUUAUACUUGUUUUCGUGCCAGAAAAUGAGAACUCAUAGCUGUUUAUAAUUUGUACGUUAUUCGUUCUUUUCUUUGAGAUAGUUCUAAGUAUGGUUUUUGCAGUGAUUUCUUUAACGUUUAAGCUUCCCUGAGCCAUCAAAAAUACUCAGACAAAGGAAACCUUAAAGUUGAAGGGGCAUCUGUGAAUUCAGCUCCUAGAGGUAAUUUUUCGUGCAUCAUGUACUCGAAGAAAAGAUGUACUUGAGAUGAAAUUAAUAAGCAGAAUUUAGUCCUAUCUAUCUCUCUAAAAAGGAAUGACAAUUUACAAUAUUUCACUCAUUAUAAUCCAGCUUUUUCGCUUAUUUACAUAUUAUAUUUUAUAUAUUUUGUUCAACAAUGUUUGACUCUUUAAUUAUAUUCUUAUUGAAUUUAUAAAUCUCA